AUGGAUUAUUCACCAUGGAUUAACACUUCCUUAGAUCUCAACAUUAACCCUCAAAGGUCUCAUCAAGAAGCUCUUAAAAAUGGAAUGGAAAACAAUUUUUUCUCAUUAGGGUUGAGGAACUCUUCUCCAAAAGAAGAGUCAAGUGAUGCUUUGGUGGAAGAGCUGAAACGAGUGAGUGCAGAAAACAAGAAGUUAACAGGAAUGUUGACAGAGAUGUGUGAGAAUUACAACACAUUGAGAAACAACAUGAUGGAAUAUAUGAAGAAGAAUCCUGAAACUAAAGAGGUUAUAAGUUUUUCAAAGAAAAGAAAAUCUGAUGAAAUAAGCAGUAGUAACAACAAUCUAAUCGGAGUUAAUGGAAGCAACUCCGAAAGCAGUUCAAGUGAUGAAGAUCAAUCCUGCAAGAAACCAAGAGAAUUAGAAACUUGCAUUAAGGCUAAAGUUUCAAGAGUUUAUUUCAAGACAGAAGCAUCUGAUUCAAGCCUUAUUGUGAAAGAUGGAUAUCAAUGGAGAAAAUAUGGACAAAAGGUGACAAGAGAUAACCCUUCACCAAGAGCGUAUUUCAAAUGUUCUUUCGCUCCGAGCUGCACAGUGAAGAAAAAAGUGCAAAGAAGUGUGGAUGAUCCAUCAGUUACAGUUGCAACAUAUGAAGGAGAACACAAUCAUCCUCAUCCUUCUCAAAUGGAGCCAACAAACAACCGUGGUAGGAAUCAGAUGAAUUCGGCAGCACCUUCUUCUGCUGCUGCACCAUGUACAGUUACACUUGAUUGGACAAAAAAACCUAAGUGUAGAAAUGAUUCUUCUUCUAAGAAUAUGGUGAUAAAUAGUAAUUCCAAAAUGGAAAUACCUCAGAUUUUGGUGGAACAGAUGGCUAAUUCAUUGACCAAGGAUGUUAAGUUUAGAGCAGCACUUGCAGCUGCUAUAUCGGGACAAAUGUUGCACCAGAAUUAA